AUGCUGGACGAUGCCUGGAAGAUUUGGAGCUCUUCUGAUGCCCUGUCUGCGCUAUGUGUGUGGUUUAUGCUCUUGUUUGGUCGAUUUGGCCUCUACGUGUAUCGUGGGGGAGGCGAUGCUGAUGCACUCGACCUGAGCGUUCUGUCCUUUGGAUUGACCUAUGCCAUCAGCACCGGUGUCUUGGUAGUCGCCUGCUUCUGGCAGGUUCGGACCUCUCAUGCAAUGCUUUUGAUCGUGAAUAGCUGGAGCGCCUCUUUGUUGCAGGGUGAUGCUUCGUGCAUGGAAUCCAAGGCAAGUUGGCGCCGGGUGAGUGGGCUCUUCCGCAAGACCUCUCGGACUUUUGAGCGGUGCUUUGCAGCACUCGGCUUCAUCAUCGUGAUGUUGGUCCUCGCUGCCCUCUAUGACCUCAUCCAAGGAAGAGGACAAGAAUUGCUAGCCUCGGUCUCGUUGGCCUUAGUCAUACCAGGCGUGUUGUGGACGCAUGCUUCCACCACGACGGCAUGCAAUCGAUUGCCUUCUUUGGUGACCCUCAUUGAAGCAGACGAUGAGGAAGAGGACAGGGAAUACAUGGGCUUGGCGCUGUAUUUGUCCUUGAGUGAGUGUGGCUUUUUUGUUUGGGAUACAUGCGUGACACUGAGCUUGGUGCAGAAGUUCCUCUACUUCACGGCAGCGAUUGCUGGAACCAUCGGGUUCCAAACGGGAGCAUUGAAUUUCCAAAGCAGAGGCAUACCAAUCGAUUGA